CAGGGUAGUUUUGGUCAUUUUGUUAACUGCCUAUUUUUUCUAUGCUUUUUUUCUUUCUCCAUUAAAGCGUGACAUCUGAGACCAUUCAAGAAUCUCAGUGCUCAUUUUCAAACCAGUGCUUGUUGGAUUCUACUCUGUGGGGCAUUCAUUGAGUUAAUUACAAGAAGCCUUAUUUUUAGAACUGUGUCAUUGUUCUCAAAUUUGGUUUCAGGGUUUGAACUUUGUAGUGUUAUCCAUUGUGUUAUAAAUUCCAUUUGAUGUGAUCUUUGAGGGAAAACCUUCAUUCAAAAUGCGGAGCUUCAAUCGCAAUGGGCAUAUGAGAAAAUCAAAUGACCCGGGAAGACCUAUUUUAACUACUGUUUUGGGAGUUGUAUUUGGGUUUUUAGUGGGAAUCUCAUUCCCGGCUAUCUCUAUUACUAAGCUCAACUUACCGUCCAGUCUUAGGCCUGCAAUUGAUUUUGCAUUUGAGGGCAAAAGCUCAGUGAUUUACUCACGAGCAUCUCAAACAAAUUCACAUAAAAACAAAGAUAUCGAUACACGUGUUCCCAACCAACCCAGGAUAUUUGUUGCAACAAAUCCCCGUGGUGCAGAAACAUUACCACCAGGCAUUAUUGUUGCUGAAUCUGACUUCUAUUUACGUAGAUUAUGGGGUGAACCCAAUGAGGAUCUAAAGAUUAGGCCAAAGUAUUUAGUGACAUUCACUGUGGGUUUUGAUCAGAGGAAUAACAUUAAUGCAGCAAUUAAAAAGUUCUCAGAUGAUUUUCAAAUUUUGCUCUUUCACUAUGAUGGGCGAACAACUGAUUGGGAUCAAUUUGAGUGGUCCAAGCAUGCCAUCCACGUCAGUGUCCGGAAACAAACAAAAUGGUGGUAUGCAAAACGCUUUUUGCAUCCUGACAUUGUUGCUGCUUAUGAGUACAUAUUUAUUUGGGAUGAAGAUCUUGGAGUAGAGCACUUCAAUGCGGACAAAUACAUUCAGCUAGUGAAGAAGCAUGGCCUGGAGAUAUCACAACCUGGUCUUGAGCCCGAUAAAGGGUUGACCUGGCAAAUGACUAAAAGGAGGGGUAACAGUGAAGUGCACAAGGAAACAGAAGAGAAACCUGGUUGGUGUAGUGAUCCUCAUUUGCCGCCAUGUGCAGCUUUUGUAGAAAUCAUGGCUCCAGUGUUUUCUCGUGAUGCUUGGAGGUGUGUUUGGUAUAUGAUUCAGAAUGAUUUGGUACAUGGCUGGGGCCUAGACUUUGCACUAAGAAGAUGCGUGGAGCCUGCACAUGAGAAGAUUGGCGUAGUCGAUUCACAAUGGAUUGUCCAUCAAGUCAUCCCUUCACUUGGAAGCCAGGGCGAGUCCGAGAGUGGGAAAGCACCAUGGCAAGGGGUAAGAGAGAGGUGCAGGAGGGAGUGGACUCAAUUCCAAGCUCGCCUCUCUGAUGCAGAAAAAGCCUACCUAUCACUACCCGAACAGGUCUAACUUCAAUUGAUUUGAUUCCAACUAACCCAACAUUUGUUUGUUUUGCCUCACUUUUCCCCAUGCCAUUCUUUUGCAUCUCGCCCCCCCCCCC